AUGGCAACCUCACUACGGAAUAUUAUUGUUGUUGGCGGAUCGUUCGUUGGUCGUACAACAGCUCAGGAGCUCGCACGCAUUGUGCCCUCAACACACCGGGUCCUCUUGACUGAGCCUCAUAGCCACUUCCACCAUCUUUUCACCUUUCCUCGGUUUGCAAUUGUCCCUGGGCAGGAACACAAAGCGUUUAUUCCCUACAGCGGGAUUUUCAAUGCCUCACCCAGUCCUUCCUCCCAUGGCAUAAUCCAAGCUCGCGUUUUGUCGGUCAAACCCAGGCAUAUUGAGUUGGACCGUGAAUGGCAGGGCUCAAAAGUGGUUCCCUUCGACUACGUCGUUCUUGCGACCGGCACUCGUCUCUCCAAGCCUGCAGCUAUGGACGACGAUGACAAGGCAUCAUCGGUCGACUAUCUGCAAAAACAUCAAGCUGGCGUGAAAAGAUCCCAGUCAAUUUUGAUUGUCGGCGGCGGUGCUGUCGGUGUUCAAAUGGCCACCGACCUGAAAGAAUAUUACCCCGAGAAGGAGAUCACCGUGGUGCAAUCCAGGCCGUGGCUGAUGCCGAGUUUCCACUCUGGACUCCAUGACCUUAUUAAGCAACGAUUUGACGAGCUGGGGGUCCGACUCAUCACUGGUUCUCGAGUCACUGUCCCCGCGAGUGGAUUUCCCAACGAUGGCAGCACCUUUGAUGUUCAGCUUACAAACGGUACCACCGAAUCCACGCAAUUCGUCAUCUUGGCCACUGGGCAAACCCCAAAUAAUCAACCAGUGGCUGAGUUGAAGUCUUCUCACCCGGACGGCGAGUCAAUUAUCAAUCCGGAUAAUGGAUUCAUACGCGUUAGACCCACUAUGCAGUUCUUGGAUGAGCAAUAUUCGAACAUGUUUGCCGUGGGUGAUAUUGCAGAUACCGGUGCCCAAAAGGCCGCUCGGCCAGGUUCGGCGCAGGCGGCGGUUGUUGCGAAGAACAUCCAGGCUUUGAUUGAAGGCCACACUGCCGAGGAUACGUUUGUUAAGGGACCUGGGGCCAUUCAUCUGACACUCGGCAUGAAACACAAUGUGAUCUUCCGCAAUCCCAAUAUCGCAGAGGGUCAGACGGAGCCUUGGAUCAACGCGAAGAAUGAUGGACGAGAGGAUAUGAAUGUGGAAGGCAUGUGGGAAAGAAUGGGUCUCUCGGUUGACAAUCCUCGUCAAUACCACCUAUAA